AUGAAGAGGCUUCUUACCACCACUAAACCCUUUCCUCCAUUCAAAAUGAUAGACCUCUAAGAAAUUAAAAAUCAGCGGUAGAUUUCUAUCUAAUAGUUCGAUGCAAAUGUAAAGAAUCAAUUGUUCUAUCUCAAUAAAAUAUUUGAAACGAACCAGAACAGUAAAAUUCUGAGGACAUAAUUUGAAGACUUUGGAGAAGAUGAGGAUGAGCUAUUCAAAGCUUAUGAAAAUUUAAACAUCCAUCAGAUAAGGAGACUAAGCAAAAUAGAUAUGAACUAGUUGAGAAAUUACGCCAAGUCUCUUUCAACUAACUAAAAAAAUACUGUAAAUUUUAUAGAGACGCCCAUCUAUGAGUCAUCAAAACUCCUCAAGGCAUAAACUACCUAAAAUCAAAGUAUUUUAGCUCUAUCUAGAGAUGCUUCUUAGGGUAAUACUAAUUUUAAAGCAAUUAAUGAAUAUUCUGCAUCGAAUGGUUAAGAUAUAGCUGCAGCAUUAGGUGGAAUACAAGAAAAGAAAUUUACGUCAAUUCUCAAAGUUAAAGGAAUUCUCGAUCCAAAACCAAUUAAAUCCUAGAGAGUUAUGAGUGCUGAUCCAAGGAAAAAGGCAUUCUUCAAAAAUCUUGAUAGAAUAACAGAGGCCUCUGAAAUCAUUGAAAAUCUAAGAAGUUAGAAUGAAUAGAGCAUAAAGUUCCUGAAAAUAUUGAGACAGCAAAACUAAAUGAAAGAAGAGAAAAAAAUAAAUCUGUAGAUAGUAAAUGAGGUCAGAAAAGGUAGAAGAUUUACAGUUUUUAAUCCUAAGCAAAAUACAAGUAAAAGAGAUGAAGAGAAAUGCUAGCUACAAGAUUCUACAGAAAUUUAUAAUGAUAGCCACAGUUAAAGUUAGAAGGUGAGUGGAAGUAUUCAAAACUAAAUACGAAAAAAUAGAAGUAAAAGUAAGAACUCACAAAACGAUGAUAAAGAAUCUCAUUUUGAAAAGACAGGAACAUCUUUAGAAUAAAAUACCAAGCUAACUCUUAAUACUAAACGCAAAAGUCUUCAAUCACACGUGAACUCUAAUACAUCACUUCAUAAUGAAAAGAAAAAAAUAGAAAAGACCAGUUUCGAUGCAAACAAAACUAACUAUUAUUCCGAUAUAAAUAAUUCAACAUAAGGUAAAUUUAUCAAUCAAAGAUCCCGACCAGUAUCGCAUUACUCUUCAAUUUACCAUAGAAUUUAGCGUAAUAACACCAAUGCUAUACAAUCACUAUAGUAAUCUGAUCGGCCAAUGUCUCAAGAGAAAUAUAAAACUACAUCACUCAAUAAUGAUGCACAGGAAGCAGUAAUAACUGCGAGCCAAACCAAUAGUUACACAGUUUCACAUCCUCAAACAAGAUAAUAGCUUAAGCGACAAAUUUCUAACCCUAAAUCAGUAGGAGUGAAAUUUAAGACUUAUAGAUCUAGAACUAACUAAAAUACUACUACGCUUGCUGAUGAAAAUGAUAAUAGCAAAGAAUUUUUGGAUUAAAAACUUUAUAAAGUUAAUAAAGCCAAAGAAUAGUUAAAGGUGAUCAAGGAUAUUACAUCCUAAAGGCAUAGAUAGCGUACCCCAAAGAAAGAAUAGUCUAAUAAAAAGAAGUAUUUGAGAAUGUAUGAAUGGAAUAAAAAAUUUGUUCAUGGCAGCAAGAAAUCUCGAGAAGUUAUGAGUCUACUUAAUGAGAUGCCUAAUCAAUACAAACUAAACCUAAUAACUUAAUUUUAGCAAUUGAUUAAUAUCCCUGAACAAAAGUUAAGGUUGAAGAGAAAUUCUAAUUACUCAGGUAUAAAUAGCACUUUUUAGCAGAAGGGAAAUAUCUACAUAAUUUGA